AUGGCACAGCCGGGAACGAAGGAUGACAGCAAACGAAAGCUCGAGAAUGGCGACGCGACUGAGGGACAUGAACCUAAGCGACUAAAGGCCUCGACAUCGCCAGAGCCAACGGAGGAAUCCAACGAGUCUGGCGCAGAGACCGCACCGGCUCCACCACUUUCCUCAGCCUUUCCAGAGAAACCUGCGGUGACGGAAGAGCGUGUUGGUGACAUAUCGUUUUACGUGGUCAACAAUGAUGGCAAGCCACAUUCGAACAUCAUCCUUACCGGUCUGAAAUGUAUAUUUCAGAAGCAGCUGCCUAAGAUGCCAAAGGACUAUAUUGCUCGAUUGGUAUAUGAUCGCACACAUAUGAGCAUAGCUAUCGUAAAACGACCGCCUGUUGGCAGCUUCGCCGACCUGUCUGGAAUGCCUGGUGAGGUCGUGGGAGGGAUCACAUACCGACCUUUUCGAGGACGACAAUUUGCGGAGAUUGUUUUCUGUGCUAUCAGUAGUGAUCAGCAAGUCAAGGGCUACGGUGCACAUUUGAUGAAUCACUUGAAGGACUACGUGAAGGCCACGAGCGAUGUCAUGCAUUUCUUGACCUACGCCGACAAUUACGCCAUUGGAUAUUUCAAAAAGCAGGGCUUCACAAAAGAGAUCACACUGGAGAGGUCAGUCUGGAUGGGUUAUAUCAAAGAUUAUGAAGGUGGUACUAUCAUGCAGUGUUCUAUGCUGCCAAAGAUACGUUAUCUGGAGUCUGGCAGAAUGCUACUCAAACAAAAAGCCGCCGUGCAUGCGAAGAUUCGCGCCGUGAGUAGAAGUUAUGAAAUCCAUCAGCCGCCAGCGGAAUGGAGGAACGCGAAAGAUCAGAAGAACCUCCCUGCUCUGGAUCCUUUGUCGAUAGAUGCGAUCAAAGCCACGGGCUGGUCUGCUGACAUGGACGAUCUCGCUCGCCAACCACGCCGAAACCCGUCUCAUGGUCUGCUGCUUAGCCUGCUCUCUGCCCUACAGACAAGCAGCGCCGCCUGGCCAUUCCAGCAGCCAGUCAACGGCGAUGAGAUUCAAGAUUACUACAAUGUCAUCAAAGAACCCAUGGAUCUUGGCACAAUGGAGGCAAAGCUCGAAAAGGAUCAGUACGAAAACGUCGAGGCGUUCAUCAACGACGCUUUGUUGAUUGUGCGAAACUGCCGACGCUACAAUGCGGAGAGCACACCGUAUGCCAAAGCUGCUGUGAAGCUUGAAAAGGAACUUUGGAAGCGGAUCAGGGACGUACCCGAAUGGAGUUACUUGGAGCCCGAAAAUUUCGAAGGCACCAACCGCAAAGCCGAAUAG